UCUUUAAGGAAUACUUAAGUGAUAUUGUUGUCUGAUAGUCUCGUUGUUAUUAUGUGUUUUGAAUUGUACUGAUUUUUGUCUCUCAGUUAAACAUUUAGUUUAAUGUUUCAAAUGUUUAACUAUGUUUGAUCUAGAUAAUGAUAAGUGAGGUUAAUCAAGUGGCCUGUAUUAUAUCUGUCAGAAACAAAGUUUUUUGGUGGAGAUGAAUGCAUUUGUUAAGUUGUUGAAGAUGAUUUGAUCACCUUCAUAUUCUGAAAUUCAAUAUUCUCAUAACGUGAUGUUUGACGUCAACGUUUCAUCACCUGUGGACGGGAGGGCUCAUCAAUGCAAACACAAUAUUUUCUGCUGCCAUUGUCUAGUCCAGGCUGUUCGUCUAUAUUCCGACUACAUUGCAGCAUUUAUAGCAUACAGUCUCCCAUUAAUCAUUUGCUGUAGGCCUAUGCUAUAGCUGUCAAUCUUAAGCAUUGUGAAAAUAUCGCCUGAUUAAUACUGAUUUUCUUGUGAUGCUGUUCAAGCACAUUUAGAAGCUACUUCAGAUUAAUUCUACAUUCAAACAACAAAAAGUGAACUGUUGUGAUUCUUUUAUUUGGUCUGUAAGGGCCGCUGUUGGCUCGUUGAAUUCAAUUUCCGGUUGGAAAAUAAAACGCCUCCUCUGAGAUGAUGUCUGCAGACAAUCGCUCACGCACACAUCUCCGUAUUUUUUAAGUAGGUUUCUCCUCCUGUAUGUGAUGAUCCGAGAGGAAGGAAAGUAUUUGUGCUGCCCUCCAUAUUAGAUUAUUGACUGCUACUGUGGAAAUUGAUUUGCUAUCAUGCUUAGUAUGUGCGCUUGGGUUCCAUUUAAUCUGCUCAAUGCAGGGAUGUACAGAAUGGACAUCAAGGGUGUGCGCGGCGGUGAUAACUGGAAACAAAUUUCGUUGUUGCUACUGUUGUACAUCUCAGUUGUUACUGGACAAGUGCGAUAUUCUAUUCCAGAGGAGAUGAGCAAAGGUUCUGUUGUUGGACAUAUUGCGGAGGAUUUGGGCAUCGACUUGAAACGGCUUCACAGCGGCCGGGCCCGGAUAGUAGCUGGGGACAACAGCCCUUAUGUUGAACUGAACACAGACAAAGGGACGCUGGUGGUGAGUGAGAGGAUAGACAGGGAGCUCCUCUGUAAACAGAUUUCUCCCUGCAGUUUCAACUUCGAAAUGAUAUUAGAGAAUCCGAUUCAAUUGUAUGAAGUGACUAUAGAAAUUUUGGAUGUUAACGACCAUUCUCCGACAUUCCCAAGAGAGGAAAUUGCUAUUGAGAUAAGUGAAAGCGCUAUCCCAGGAGCACGUUUCUUAUUAGACAGGGCAUACGAUCCCGAUGUUGGAAUAAAUGCCAUACAGGGCUAUACCCUAAAACCUGGGGACAAUUUCAUUUUAAAACACGAAAACCGACCAGAUAGGAAUAAAUUCAUUGAACUGAUUCUUCAGUCUCCUGUCGAUCGCGAGAGUAAGGAUGAACUCUCGCUCAUUUUAACAGCGAGUGAUGGUGGCAAACCGCCGAAAACGGGACAGAUGAGGAUAAAAAUUAAAGUCUUGGAUAUAAACGAUAAUGCACCACGGUUCUCUAAAGAGAUCUAUAGAGCCUCUAUCCCCGAAAAUGCACCAGUGGGCAAAUUAGUCACAACCGUAAGUGCGUCAGAUGCUGAUAAAGGCGUCAACGGUGAGGUCUUAUACUCACUGAGGCAAGUGGAUGACAGUGAUAUUGGCCUGUUUACUAUUGAUGAAAAUUCAGGAGAAAUCACAGUUUCAGGAGAUAUAGAUUUUGAGAAAACGAAAAAGUUUGAUUUGAAUGUCGAGGUCAAAGAUCACGGUGGCCUUACUGACUCCUGUGUUGUCAUAAUUGAUGUCAUAGACGUUAAUGACAAUACUCCUGUUAUAUCUCUGACGUCAUUCACAAAUCCAGUUCCUGAAAAUGCUCCUGUUGGAACAACAGUGGCAGUAAUUAGCGUAAAAGACGCAGAUUCAGGAGUAAAUGGUCAGGUCAGUUGUACUAUCAGUAAACAUAUUCCAUUUGUCAUAAAAUUGUCUCUCAGGAAUUACUACACGUUAUUGACAGAUGAGAGUUUAGAUAGAGAAAUCAACCCUGAAUACAAUAUUACAAUUACGAUAACAGACGACGGAUCACCAUCUCUGUCUACUACAAAGAGAAUUAAUCUAAAGAUUUCUGACGUCAAUGACAACAGGCCUAUUUUUGAUAGUGUUUUGUACACAGCUAGUGUAGACGAAAAUAUCUCUCCAGGCGUGUCUAUAUUUACAGUCAGGGCCGAAGAUGCAGACUGCUGUCAAAACUCGCGUGUGACAUAUUUGCUGGAGGAGACGCAGAUAAACGGAGCUCCGGCGUCAUCAUUAGUUUCCAUCAAUGCUGAGACGGGAGUCAUUUACGCAGCGCGCUCUUUUGAUUAUGAGCAGCUUCGGGGAUUUAAAAUCAGUGUGAGAGCUCAAGAUAGCGGAUCACCGCCUCUAUCUGGCAAUGCCACUGUCCAGAUUCUGAUACAAGACCAAAACGACAACGCGCCUCAGAUUUUGUACCCAGUACAAACAGGUGUCUCUGCUUUAGCGGAAAUUGUACCACGAUCGGCAGAUAUUGGAUAUCUCGUCACUAAAGUAGUAGCUGUUGAUGGGGAUUCUGGACAGAAUGCCUGGCUCUCAUAUAAACUACACAAACCUGCAGACAGACCGCUGUUUGAAGUUGGCGCACAGAAUGGAGAGAUCAGAACUGUGCGUCAGGUGACUGAUAAAGAUGCUGUGAAACAGAAACUCACUGUUGUAGUGGAGGACAACGGACAGCCCUCUCGCUCAGCUACAGUCAAUGUGAACGUGGCAGUGGCGGACAGCUUUCCUGAAGUCCUGUUGGAAUUCACAGACUUUACGCACAACAAAGAUCACACCGAUGACUUGACUUUUUAUUUAAUCUUAGCUUUGGCUGUAGUAUCCUUUCUCUUCAUUUCGUGUUUAGUUGCCAUCAUUUCAGUAAAAAUCUACCGAUGGAGGCAAUCCCGCAUGUUUUAUCAGUCAAGUCUGCCCGUCAUUCCAUACUACCCGCCACAGUAUGGAGACACUGCAGGCACUGGAACUUUACAGCGCGUCUACAAUUAUGAGGUGUGCAUGACGACAGAUUCUAGAAAGAGUGACCUAAAGUGCAUGAGACCUGGCAGCCAAAGCAUCAUUAGCCUUGACACUGGAGGGACACUGACUCUGCCACUCCCACCAAGGGACAAAGCAAUCUUUGACACAGAUGAUAAUCAGCACGUGUACAACUACGAGGUUUGCGGGACCACUGAUUCGAGGAUGAGUGACGUAAAACGCAUCAGACCGUACAGCCAAAACACGUUGGUGAGCCUGAGUCGGCCGGGGACCGUGCAGAGAGAAAAGAUGCAACAGCAGGAUGCAGAUUUCUCCACAGAGGUAAGAGACACAUUUCUUCUUCCAUCACAGUAGAGUGGAAACAGUGGAUCUGAUUUUUAAGCAUUCACAACAGUCUUCUUUAAGCCAAACAAAACAUAAAAUGUGUGAAAUAUCAUUGGACAUAUAUGUAUUUUAACUUUAAUGUUUAUUUCUAUAUAUUGCUGAAAAUUUUUAGCCAGAGAAAGGUUUAAAAUGUGAAAACUUUCAAAAUCAGGUCUAUUUGUUUUGUCAAUUCCAUGUUGAUUAUGGCUGUGCUCUACAGUGGGUUAAUUGUAAGAAGUUACCUAAAAACAUCAGUCAAAGUACAUCUAAACCAUAGAGGGACAGCAUCUGAACAAAUCUUUUUUUUAUCCAUCCUUUUUCUCAUUCUGAACAAAAAUAAAUUUAAAAUAAGUUAUGUAUACUCCAAGCAGUUAUAGACCAGUAUACAGUACCUAGUAUCAAUCUCUGUGCAAACACUAUUUCGACAGACAUAUCUGGCUAAAAAUGUUUUUAUAUUACAACUGUCCCACUGUAUGAGAAUGUAUACUGUACUCUAUUGAGUGUUGUUGCAAACACACACACACACACACACACACACACACACACGUACCCACACACACAAACACCCACACGCGUGCUGAUGCACACACACACACCCUGAGUGACAUCUGAGAGCAGUGCAUCUUCCUCUCGCUAUUGCUCUUUUGUUCUCUCUCUUUCUCUCUCUCUCUCUCUAUCUCUCUCUCUCACACACACUCUCUCACACACACACACACAAACACACAAACGUACACAUACGUGAUUGUAUGUGGAUGCUGAGUUACCCCUGAGUCACAUCUGACAGCGUUGCAUCCCCCUCUCUCUCUCACUCUCUGUCUUUGUCUCUCUCCCUGUCUGUCUGUCUGUCUGUCUGUCUGUCUGUCUGUCUGUCUGUCUGUCUCUCUCUCUCUCACACACACACACACACACGAUUGUUUUUGGGUGCUGAGUCACCUCUGGCUAAAUUCCCAACCUGGCUCAUUCAAUCUGGCCCCCUAAUCAUCCAGAUUACACCCCCAGUGUAAUUGGCUCAUUCACUCCCUCACUAUCCACCUCAAGCUGGUGU